UAGAGAUUCAGUUCUAGUUAAUUUGGUGACCCCAAAACAAGAGGAAUUUAAGUAAACACGUUUGGUUUUCACUGAUUAAUCAUGUCACAAGCACCACCUCCGUAUCCAUCCGAUCAGAAGGGUGGAGCCCCUCCUCCAGCCUAUGGACCACCACCUGCAGGUUAUGGUCCACCACCUGGAGGUCAGCCAGGAUAUGGUCCUCCACCAGCUCAGUAUGGCUAUGGCCAGCCAGGUCCUUAUCCACCAGGACAGUACCCACCAACAGGACAACCGGCACAGCCUGGAUACUACCCGCAGAACCAGCAGGCGACCACCGUGGUUGUGGCCCAGCCAACUAUUGCGGUGGUGCAGCAGUACCGUGAGUCGCCAGUCCACACUCGCUGCCCGUACUGCCAGGCGGAGGUGAUGACCGGCACCCACUAUGAGACUGGAACAUUCACCUGGGUCAUCUGCCUCAUCCUGGCCCUCGUCGGAUGCUGGAUUGGCUGUUGCCUGAUUCCGUUCUGUGUUGACGGUUGCAAGGACGUGAUCCACACCUGCCCCAACUGUCGCCAGCAGGUGGCCCGCUGGAGCCGCAUGUAAUCAUGGCAUGCUGCAGGAAAUCCUCCCGGGAAGAAGAAAUCAUCUGCCCAAUAACAACAACAACAAAAAUGUCUGUACACCUAGUACCACAAAUUUCAUUGUUCGACAACUUUUUUAAUAUAAGGCUGUGAUAUAUACUUUACAAUUGGAAUACUGUGUAAACUUUCUCUCUCUCAAAAUAUUUGAUUUAAUUAGUAAAAUAUUUUACUUGAUAAAUUUGAUGGUUGACUAAUUUGAAAGAUUUUUUGUAAUGAAAUGGACCAAGGUUUCUUUAGUUUUUUUUUAUUUAUAAUUUAUCCAGCACUGAAGUGUUUUUAUGUGUUUAUUUGAACACUUUGAAUUGGUUGCACUGUCAGAGUAUAGGGCAAACCAUUAGAGAGAGUGUUGUUUCUUCGACACAUUUUCAUCCACUACAUUUUUUGUCAGGAAAAUUGACAGAACCAUUCUGUUAAAAUUUACAAAAGCGAAAAUGUGCUUCUUAAGUUUGUUUGACUUUUUUUUUCAUUAGUAACAAUUGCUGUUUAAUUCAUAAAUUGAUGGAAGCAAUUACAAAGCAAGUAACUUGACAAAACUGUAAUAUGUGUUUAUUGCUGACAAAAAAAAAACGCUAAUGAUUUCAACUAAUUAACUUAGUUUUACUAUUAUGUGAAGUACAAUAAUAAGCUAUAAUGUCUAGUACUACACUGUACAGUGAUUAAUGUAAAUGAAAUCGAAUCAAAAACUGAUUUUUGAAGUAUUUGAGACAGAAAAACUGAAACAGAAAAUAUUUAGUUCUCUGAUCUGUUAACUUAUUUUAUUGGUUCAACAAUAAUUAGCAUCAUCAACUAAUCAUUUAUUUUUAUGUCAGGUUUAUGUAUUUGGAGUGUUACAUUGCUCAGUGGUUUUAGAUGAUUUAUUUUAAAUGUUAACUGUUUUGCAGCCUUUUUUAAAAAAAAUUAUAGCUAAGCGUUAAUGAUUGAAGCACUAGAUCUCAAUUAGCAUAUAUCAGAAGAUUCAGUGACAAUCAUAGCAAAACUAAUAACUGUUAAUGGAACCUAUUAUCUACAUGUAUAUUGCACAAUGAGAAGUCCUCUUUGGGGGUCAAGCACUGCUUACAUUUUGCCCUUUUUUACCCACUCUAGUAUGAAGCGGUCACUUGUAAUUUUUUUUUUAAAAAUAACUUUAUUCCAAAAUAUAAACAUUAUUGUCAUCACUA